GUUUUCACCUUUACGAUAAUGCAUGAGAUUUCUCCACACAAUUCGCUAGUUUUGGCUGUAAAGCAAGGAAAUUUCUUGAGAAGAAAGUACGGGCGAAUAACAAUAAACAACUAACAGAUAACUAAUCAAACAAACAAAUCUUGUAAUCGUCAGAUCAGACCCCACUUUUUCAAUCGUCUCUUUCACACUUCUCUCAACUUGUUCUUAUUUCCCUCUCUAUUCUUAUUAAUACCCUUUCAAAUUCUUCUACAACCAGCAAUGUUCCCAUCUUUCAAAAUCCAAUCUUUUUCUUCUCAUUGAACUAAUUAAUCAAAGAAACCACUGCCCUUUUCUCUGUUUUUCUUGUUUCUUGUCAUAACCCAUUAAUCAAUGGAAGGUGAAUUGAAGAACUAUAGCCAUGGACUUAAAAGACUGAGAUGCUCGGUUCAGAAAUAUGAUUGGGGAAAAAAUGGGCGUGAUUCUACUGUUGCAAAGCUUUAUUCUUUGAAUUCUGGGUCUCAAAUUGAAGAUGAUAAGCCUUAUGCUGAGCUUUGGAUGGGUACUCAUGGUUCUGGGCCUUCUUUUGUGGUGAUGGAAGAUGGUGUGGAGAAUGGGAAUGCUGAAUGUUUGAGUUUGAAGGAAUGGAUUGCUAAUAAUCCGAAUGUUCUUGGUGAUAAGGUUUUGGAUAAGUGGGGUUGUGAUCUCCCUUUCUUGUUCAAGAUUCUGUCUGUGGCAAAAGCAUUAUCAAUUCAAGCUCACCCUGAUAAAGAAUUGGCCAAAAUGCUGCACAAGUUGCACCCAGAUGUUUACAAGGAUGAUAAUCAUAAGCCUGAGAUGGCUUUGGCCAUUACUGAGUUCGAGGCCCUCUGUGGUUUUAUCAGUAUUGAGGAGCUCAACACUGUGCUUCAAAAUGUUCCUGAGAUUGCAGAACUUGUUGGCGCUGUAGAUGGCAACAAAAUUUUAUACAUUAAUGAGCAGGAAGGGGAGGAGAAAGUAAAAUCAGUCCUGAGAUCAAUUUUUACCCAACUCAUGUCAGCUGGCAAAGAGACGAUAACUGAAGUUAUAUCUAAAUUGAAAAAUCGACUGCAAAUGGAAAGCCAGACGAGACGGUUGACAGACAAAGAACAGCUUAUCUUGCAAUUAGAAAAACAAUAUCCAGCUGAUAUCGGUGUCAUUUCAGCCUUCUUUCUCAAUUACGUAAAGCUUAAUCCUGGUGAAGCAUUAUAUCUGGGUGCAAAUGAACCUCAUGCAUAUCUCUAUGGAGAGUGCAUUGAAUGCAUGGCAACAUCUGACAAUGUUGUACGCGCCGGCCUUACCCCCAAGCAUCGGGAUGUCCAAACUCUUUGCUCCAUGCUUACAUACAAACAGGGAUCCCCUGAAAUUCUGAAAGGAUUUCCUCUGAGCCCAUAUAUAACAAGAUAUCUACCGCCUUUCAAUGAAUUUGAGGUUGAUAGGUGCAUUCUUUCAAAGGGUGAUUCAACAGUGUUCCCUGCAGUCCCAGGUCCUUCCAUAUUUGUGGUCACUGCUGGGAAUGGAAUAAUGAAGACAGGAUCAUCUGAAGAAGUUGUUAGUGAAGGAGAUGUCCUAUUUGCACCUGCUAACCUUGAGAUUAGGAUAGCGACUACGUCCGAGCUAUGUCUGUACAGGGGUGGAGUGAAUAGCAGGUUCUUCCAAAUCUUGUGAAUGGGAAGGCAAAGCAGCUCUAAGUUUUAGUGGGUAAAUUGUUAGUUUGAUUCUUUGUAUUACCAACAUUUAAUAAUUCAUGUAUUAUGUUAUAGAAAGUAAUAGUAAAGCUGGCAUGUAAAUGCCAUGAAAUAUAGUAAAGUCAUACUGGCUAAAGUCCAUUUUGAAUCA